AUGGAUGAGCAAGGCCAAAACGACGAGCUGUAUCCCAUCGCCGUCUUAAUCGAUGAGCUCAAGCACGACGAUGUUCUCCUACGCUUGAAUGCCAUUCGCAGACUGUCAACAAUCGCUCUAGCAUUGGGCCCCGAGCGGACGCGCGAAGAGCUCAUUCCAUUCCUUGAUGAAUCUGUAGAGGACGAGGACGAGGUCCUCACUGCACUCGGAGAUGAGCUGGGUAACUUUGUGGAGUAUGUGGGUGGUCCGGAAAAUGGACACGUGCUCCUCUCACCUCUUGAGAACCUCGCAACCAUUGAGGAGCCUCUGGUCAGGGACAAAGCCGUGGAGUCCCUCAACAAGAUCUGUGAUCAGCUCUCCCAGCAGCAGGUUGAGCAGUACUUCAUUCCACUCACAAUCCGCCUGUCAAAGGCCGACUGGUUUACUUCCAAGAUCUCCGCCACCGGACUUUACAACACACCGUACCAGCAUGCGACGGCACAGUCGCAAGAGGGGCUUCGACAGCAGUUCUCUCAGCUCGUUCACGACGAUACUCCCAUGGUCCGGAGACAAGCUGCCAACAACCUCGCCAAAUUCGUCAAGAGCAUGCCAGCUGCCAUCGUCAUCGAGGAGAUGAUCCCCCUCUUCCAACAUCUCGCCGGCGAUGACCAAGACAGUGUUCGCCUUCUCACGGUUGAUGUUUUGAUUGCUAUCGCAGAGGCUGUGCCCAAAGAACAGCAGAGCAGCCACGGAGUUCUCCUAACUGCUCUUCGGGAACUAUUCGCGGACAAGAGCUGGCGAGUGCGUUAUACUGUUGCGGACCGUUUCGAGAAGAUUGCGAAAGCUGUGGACGACGAGGUGAUUGCGCGAGACCUGGUUCCCUCUUUCGUCAAGCUUUUGAAGGAUAAUGAAGCAGAGGUCAGGAGCGCCAUUGCAGGCCAAAUUCCGGGCUUCUGCCAACUGGUUGAGCGCCAGGCUCUGCUCACCGAAAUCAUGCCAGCUGUGGAGGACCUUGUWUCCGACAGCUCGCAACACGUCCGCGCCGCAUUCGGCAACCAGAUCAGCGGUCUUGCGCCAAUCCUCGGAAAGCAGGAAACGACUGAACAUCUCCUCCCAAUGCUCUUGCAAAUGCUUAAAGACGACUUUCCCGACGUACGACUCAACAUCAUUUCGAAGCUUGAGCAGGUCAACAACGUCAUUGGCAUCGAACUGCUCUCCCAAUCACUACUUCCUGCCAUCGUGCAGCUGGCAGAGGACAAGCAGUGGCGUGUUAGACUCGCGAUCAUCCAAUACGUGCCGCUAUUGGCGUCUCAGCUCGGCGUGAAGUUCUUCGACGAGAAGCUCAGCAGUCUCUGUAUGUCAUGGUUGGGCGACACCGUGUUUAGCAUUCGCGAGGCCAGCACACAGAACCUGAAGAAGCUCACCGAAGUGUUUGGUGUCGAAUGGGCGAGCGAAGCCAUCGUGCCCAAGGUAGCGGCAAUGGCUGAGCACCCCAAUUAUCUCUACCGCAUGACAACUUGCUUCGCGGUCUCGAUCCUUGCACCUGCACUUUCUCUCCCCGUAAUUGCAAAGUCGGUCAUUCCUAUCUUGGCACAGCUUGUCGCAGAUCCCAUUCCAAAUAUCCGCUUCAACGUCGCCAAAUCAUAUGGUGUGUUGGUCGACAUCCUCAAGCGCCUCCCCGAUGACUCGACCAGCACCAUCGCAGAUCUCGAGAAGCAAUCUUCGGCCAACUUCCCAGGAAGCGAGCGUGGCUCGCAGCUAGUACGGGACGAAGUGUUGCCUAAUCUUGAGAAGCUCAUGCAGGAUGAUGACGUGGAUGUGAGGUACUUUGCGACAACAGCGAGCAAAGCGUGGACGGACAGCCAGGACAGCGCUAUGGAGACCUAG